CCUUUGACUCUCCCAUGCCCGGGGCUAGCGAGGAACCCGCAGCAUCUCGGGGCGAGCCGGCAGCCCACAUCAGCGGGCAGGGCGGAGGGAGGAGGCCCGGCCCGGCCCGAUAAGCCCCUGGCAAAGCCAGGAAUAGCAGCGCGGUCCCCGCACGGGAGCGGUGCUGCCGGCAGCGGAGAGAAACCCGCAGUCCGUGCCUUUGAAGAGCUGGGGCUGGCAGCCGGCCCGGCCGCACGGCGAGCCCGGGAUGGGCUCGGGAUGAGCCCGGGAUGAGCCCGGGAUGAGCUCGGGAUGGGCUCGGGAUGAGCCCGGGAUGAACCCGGCAUGAGCCCGGGAUGAGCCUGGGAUGAGCUCCGGAUGAAUUCGGGAUGAGCCCGGGAUGAGCCCGGCAUGAGCCCGGGAUAAACUCGGGAUGGGCUCGGGAUGAGUUCGGGAUGGGCUCGGGAUGGGCUCGGGAUGAGCUCGGGUUGGGCUCGGGGUGAGCUCGGGUUGAGCUCGGGAUGAGCUCGGGAUGGGCUUGGAAUGGGCUCGGGAUGGGCUCGGGAUGGGCUCGGGAUGCGCUGGCAGCUUCCCCCCCGCUCCUGUGGGCAGCGGCACAUCUGGGGCAGCAGGCACAGCUGGAGGGCUCAGACACGUGCGCACAUCUGGGCGGAGGAGGGGCGAGCCCGUGUGGGUGGGCUGGCAGGGCACAUCUGGAUGGGCACUGCCGAGCAUCUGGGCGGAGCCGGUGCGCACAUCUGGACGGCGCGGGUUUGCACAUCUGGAUGGCGCUGGUCUGCACAUCUGGGCAGGGCCUCAGCAGCCCCACGGCCCCUCCAGCACCCCCCGGGUGCCUCUCCCCCCUCCCAUCCUGCGCUGCCUUCCCCUCCCGCUGCCAUCCCAGGCACCCGGACCUGCCCAGGUCCUCACCCAUCUCCUCCCUGUCACCGGGAGGUUUCAGCUCCAGCUGCCAAGGGGGCCAGCCAGAGUCAGGGGCCGAUAUCCCGGGAUCUGAGGCAGCUCUUGGCUCCCCGGUGACCUUUGGUGUGCCAGGGGCAGCUGGCAGGAGGCUGUCACCGGCCGUGACUCAGCGCAGAGCAGUUUCCUUUGGAGGGAGAGGGAAGCUUUGAUCGCAGGGAGCUGAGGCACCGAGCCCUGCUCCCCACGUGCACUUUUGCUGGGAGUUAUCUCAGGCAUCUUUUUUUUUGGGAUAAUAACUCCCAGGGCAGGUUAGGACGGAGGAGGCCUGGCAGAGGAGCGUGUGUGGGCAGGACUGGAAUAACGGGUGCUGUAGGAGAGGAUUUAUGAGCACUGAAAGGUUGGGAAUGGCCGGGAAUAGCACAGCAGGUCAGGGGUGAGCUGGGAUGGGCAGGGCCAGGAUGUGGAUGCAGCUCCUGGUGCUGUCCCUUUGUCACCCAUAUGGUCCCCACAGGAUGCUGGGUGUCCCAGGAAAGGCUCCCUGCUCCUGGGAAGUGUCCCAGGGCAGGGAUGGAGAGCCAAGCCUCCAGUGGGACAAGCUCUGUGAGCAGGAGUUGGUUGAGAGCAAAGCAAAGCUUUGCCGUGGGAAUGUUGCUGGAAGUCACCACAAUCCCACCUGGAAUGGGCCAGCUCUCCCAAAGUCUGGUGUGCCGAGCAGCACCGGGGCUUUUAAGGGAAUUAUUGUGGCUUUCCCAGGGUGCCACAGCCUGGAUCUCCAGACUGUGAACAGUCUCUGUGUGCAGGGCUCGGAUCUGAGGGUUGGGAAGAUCAAAGGGAAGGUCCUGACAGACUACACCCGGCCCAAGCCCUCCCGCUACAGCGGCUACCACCGCUACCAGUUCCGCCUGUACCGGCAGUCUCAGCACCAGACCAUCUCCCUGAGCUCCGAGGAGCAGGCAUCGCUGGGCACUUGGGACUUGAAGGACUUCGUGGAGGAUUUUCAUCUGGGCCACCCUGUGGCCUCGACCCAGUUCCUCACCAAAAACUACAAGGAUUAACUGCGGCCAUCCCUCCCUUGCCCUGCACAUCCCCACACCACA